AUGGGGGCUUGUCUCGGGGUCUGUUCCCUGCUCAGCUGCGUGUCCUGUCUCUGUGGCUCUGCACCAUGCCUGCUGUGUGGCUGCUGCCCCUCAACCAAGAACUCCACUGUCUCACGCCUCCUCUUCACCUUCUUCCUCUUCCUGGGCACCCUUGUGUCCAUCAUUAUGAUAACCCCUGGUGUAGAGAAGGAGCUGCACAAGCUGCCAGGCUUCUGUGAAGGCAGUGGGUCAGUGCUGGGCAUCCAGACCAAGGUCAACUGUGAGAGCUUCCUGGGCCACAAGGCUGUGUACCGCAUGGGCUUCGCCAUGGCUGCCUUCUUCUUCCUCUUCGCUGCCAUCAUGCUCUGCGUGCGCAGCAGCAGGGACCCGCGAGCCGCCGUGCAGAAUGGCUUCUGGUUCUUCAAGUUCCUGGUGCUGGUGGGGAUCACAGUGGGAGCCUUCUACAUCCCUGAUGGUACCUUCACCUCAGUCUGGUUUUACUUCGGUGUGGUUGGUUCCUUCCUCUUCAUCCUCAUCCAGCUCGUGCUGCUCAUUGACUUUGCUCACUCCUGGAGCCAGCUGUGGCUGCGCAACGCGGAGGAGAGCAACGCCAAGGGCUGGUACGCAGCCCUCUGCACCAUCACCUUCAUCUUCUACGCCGCCUCCAUCGCAGCCAUAGUGCUGCUGUACAUCUACUACACCAAGCCCCAGGGCUGCACGGAGGGCAAGGUCCUCAUCAGCAUCAACCUCAUCCUCUGCCUCAUUGUCUCUGCCGUGUCCAUCCUGCCCAAGGUGCAGGAAGCUCAGCCACACUCGGGGCUGCUGCAGGCUUCCCUCAUCACCCUCUACACUGCCUAUGUCACCUGGGCUGCCCUGGCCAACGUGCCAACCCAGAGCUGUAACCCCACGCUGCUGGUGAGGAACAGCAGCAGCUCAGCCACGGCCACCCAGCCAGUGACAACCUGGUGGGAUGCCCCCAGCAUCGUGGGCUUGGUCAUCUUCCUCCUCUGCACCCUCUUCAUCAGCCUGCGCCGCUCGGACCACCGGGAGGUGAACAAACUGCUGCUGACCGAGGUGGGCGGGGCCGGGACCGGGACCGGGGCCGAGGAGGGCGCCGUGGAGGGCAGCCCGCACCGUGCCUACGACGACGAGCAGGAUGGGGUCACCUACAACUACACCUUCUUCCACCUCUGCCUCCUCCUCGCUGCCCUCUACAUCAUGAUGACCCUCACCAACUGGUACAGGCCUGACGAGAGCCUGCAGGAGCUGAGGAGCCCCUGGACAGCAGUGUGGGUGAAGAUCUGCUCCAGCUGGGCUGGGCUCCUGCUCUACCUCUGGACUUUGGUGGCUCCACUGGUGCUGCCAGACCGGGACUUCAGCUAA